AUGCAUGAAAGAACUUUCGAACUCGUUCCAUUAAUUUAUCAUGUGUCACCAACCGACAGCUUCAAAGUUGAGAGAAUAGAGGGUGUUGCGGCAAUAUUUGGGCCGAGUUCAUCAGAAACAUCUGGCAUAGUGGCAUCAAUUGCCGAGAGCGUUGAAGUACCACACUUAACGGCUUUCUGGGAACGAGAGUCCACAGGCGGUGAAGGAAAGCCAACUCAAAUGACUCUCAAUAUGUAUCCUGACAACGAAGUUCUAUCGCGAGCAUAUGCUGAGCUUCUUAUAGAUUACACUUGGAAGAGUUACACAAUCAUCUACGAAAAUGAUGAUGGAUUGAUAAGACUUAAAGAUGUUUUGCAAAUUCACGAUCCACAAAGUCCCCCUGUAACUGUAAGACAACUUGAAGAUGGGCCCGAUUAUCGACCACUUCUGAAAGAAAUUCAAUCAUCUGGAGAGAGUCACAUAAUACUUGAUGUUAGCCCAGAUAAAAUUGUUACUUUGCUUCGUCAAGCUGCGGAAGUUAAAAUGAUGGAAGAAUAUCAAAGUUACAUCAUAACAUCACUUGAAACGCAUACUUUGGAUUAUGAAGAAUUGAAGUUCAUGAGAGCGAACAUCACAGCGAUGAGGAUGAUAGAUCCGACAAGUUUUGAAGUAAUGAAUGCUAUCAAUGAUUGGGAACAAGGCGAGCGUCAACAUCGGAGAAACUUCCACAUUACACCAGAGAAAGUGCUAACUGAGACAGCUUUAUAUCAUGAUAGCGUGAGAUUGUUUGCAACAGCUGUCCAAGAGCUUGAAUCAGCAGAAGAUGCGGACAAAAUCGAGGCUAAGAAAAUGAAUUGCAAACACCCAACGCCCUGGGAACAAGGGAGCCAACUUGUAAAUUAUAUGAGACUUAAAGCUGAUAAAGGAAUAUCUGGCGAGAUCCUCUUCAACGAACAGGGAAAGCGUUCACAUUUUCAUCUCGAAAUCACUGAACUGUCAAAAGAGGGCUUUAAGAAAAUUGGCACGUGGGAUCCUGUACAUGGAGUGAAUUAUACUCGAACACUUGGUGAAGCUUACGAUCAGAUUGUUGAGUCGCUUCAAAAUAAGACAUUUAUCGUAGCGUCACGUAUCGGAGCUCCAUUUCUCAUGUGGAGGGAGGUGGAAAACGGCGUAAUUUAUGAGGGAAAUCAUCAGUGGGAAGGCUUUUCCAUGGAUUUGAUUGAUGCUAUCUCGAAAAUUCUUCACUUUCACUAUCGAUUCGAGCUUGUCCCUGAUGGAAAAUAUGGAUCAUAUAACAAAGUCACCAAACAAUGGGAUGGUCUUGUGAAACAUUUAUUAGAUCGAAAAGCCGAUUUAGCAAUCUGUGACCUGACGAUUACUUAUGAAAGGAGAACAGCCGUAGAUUUCACCAUGCCUUUCAUGACAUUGGUCAAUCUCUGUCUAAUUUUUGACGCUUUCCUUAUUCUAAAUAUGACAGGCAUCAGCAUACUCUUUUCAAAACCUGUUAAACAGCCACCAGAUUUAUUUUCCUUUCUUUCACCGUUGAGCGUUGAAGUUUGGGUUUUCAUGCUUGCCGCUUACCUUGGAGUUUCCGUUAUGCUGUUUGUUCUUGCACGAAUUGCUCCAGAUGACUGGGAAGCGUCACAUCCAUGCAAUCAAGAAGCUGAAGAGUUGGAAAAUAUUUGGAACAUGCACAAUUGUAUUUGGUUGACGAUGGGCUCGAUUAUGGGUCAAGGAUGUGAUAUUUUACCGAAAGGCUUGUCAACUCGUAUCAUCACAGGUAUGUGGUGGUUUUUCGCCCUCAUCAUGUUGGCUUCAUACACGGCAAAUCUGGCGGCAUUUUUAACUAUGGAACGAAUGGAUGCAACAAUUGACAACGCCGAAGAUUUAGCGAAGCAAAGUAGAAUCAAAUAUGGAGCAGUUAAGGGUGGCUCGACCAUGAAGUUCUUCCAAGAUUCAAACUUCUCAACUUAUCAGAGAAUGUGGGCAACAAUGGAGAGUACAAGACCGAGUGUUUUUACAACAAGCAAUGAUGAAGGUCGUGAACGUGUUGCCAAAAGCAAACGGCAGUACGCGUUUUUGAUGGAAUCAACUUCACUUGAGUACAUAACGGAGCGAAGUUGUGAUCUCACGCAGAUAGGAGGUUUAUUAGAUUCUAAGGGCUAUGGAAUUGCACUGCCAUUGAAUAGCCCGUAUAGAACAGCGAUUAGUGGUGCGGUAUUGAAGCUUCAAGAAGAAGGUAAACUGAGCACAUUGAAGGAGAAAUGGUGGAAAGGAGGAAAAUGUAGAGACGAAAGCUCAUCUGGUGGUGGUGAUGAUGCUGCCGAAUUGGGAAUUGCAAAUGUCGGUGGUGUGUUUUUAGUUCUUGGCUUCGGUUGUCUUUCUGCGUUAAUUGUUGCGAUAAUUGAGUUUCUAUGGAAUGUGAAAAAGGUCGCGGUAGAGGAAAAGUUAACACCAUGGGAGGCAUUAAAGGCUGAACUAUUGUUUGCUGUGAAUAUCUCGAUAGUCACAAAGCCCGUUCACAAUCGCUUGUCAGAAUCGGAAAGUUCAAAGUCAACAAGACGUUCGCAAAGAUUCGGAUCGGAAACGAGAAGCACCUUGAGGGACAAUCAGUCGCAAAAUUGUUUCACUCAGAAAAAGAUCAAAAUCGGUUUUUAUGAGGAAAAGUUGGAAAAUUUUUGCGGAGUAGGAAAAUCACGUUCAGCCGCGAUGAAGUUUUAUCGACAUUUCAUCGUUUUUGUAUUAUUCUGCAUAAUUGAAGUGAAAUCACAACCAAAACGAGUCGUUACUGUCGGUGGAAUCUUUCACGGUGACGAUGACAUCUCGCAAAUUGCUUUUAAACACGCAAUUGAAAGAAUCAAUUCACGUUCGACACUUUACCAAAUCGUUCCCAUGAUGUUCAACAUCUCACGUACAGACAGUUUCAAAGCUCAAACAAUCGUUUGUCAGCUUGCAUCUGAGGGCGUCGACGUAAUUUUCGGACCGAGUUCUGUUGAAACUUCAGGCAUUGUUGCUUCGAUUGCUGAAAAAUUUGAAAUUCCUCACAUAAUUUUUCACUGGAAAACAAAGCCAUUGUAUUGGGAGAAAUCAGUUGAGCACACAAUGACAUUAAAUCUUUACCCAGAUUCCAAUGCGUUAGCAGAAGCUUAUGGAAAUGUUCUCAGUGGAUAUUCGUGGAAAAGUUAUACGAUCGUUUAUGAAAACAAGGAAAGUUUGAUUCGAUUAAAAGACGUGCUUCAAGUUCACGAUUCAUCGUCGCUAAAAAUUGAAAUAAGAAAAUUAGAUGACAGAUAUGGUUCGAUUUUAAAAGAGAUUCGUGCAAGAGGUGAUGUCAACAUCGUUCUCGACAUUGGUCCUGAUAAAAUUGUUCCAUUUCUCACUGAAGCUGCAAGUGUGAAGAUGCUUGGUGACUACAAUAAUUAUUUCAUUACAAAUCUAGACACUCACACAUUAGACAUAUCACAAGUUCAAAACAGAACAGCAAACAUAACAUGUAUUAGACUUGUUGACAUCAAUAGUGAUGAGUUGAUUAACGCACUUCGUGUUUGGAGACAAAGAGAAUAUAAUUUCAAUAUGGACGAGAAGCAAGUGCCACACGAAGCUGCACUAGUUCAUGAUGCUGUUCAACUUUAUUUUAAUGGCUUACAAAGUAUUGGACACAACUAUAGAUUCCAAAAAACAACGCACAAUUGUUCAGAACCACGAAGUGGCUCAAAAUCCAAUUUCGGUUUUCAACUUAUAAACUUUUUAAAAAAUCAAGAAUUUGAUGGUGCGACGGGAAAAGUUGUUUUCAACAAUAUUUUACCAAACAAAGGUGGUCGAACUGAAUUUAGAAUUGAAAUUUUAGAAAUGGUUAAAGACAAAUUUAUCAGCAUUGGUCAUUGGGACACGACCGAAAAAGUUGUCGUGAAUCGCAUUGAAGAAGAACUUGACAUGCAAAGAACCGAAGCGAUGCACAACAAAACGUUUAAAAUUAUAAGUAAAUGGGGAGAACCGUUUCUGAUGCCGGCAGAAGCACCGGAUGGCACAAUUCUUGAGGGUAACGCUCGUUUCAAAGGUUACGUACCGAGAUUGAUCAAAGAACUUCAGAAGAACAUGGGAUUUAAAUUUGUUUUGGAAGUAGUGCCCGAUGGUGAAUAUGGUUCACUUAAUAAAGAGACAAAGAAAUGGAAUGGUUUGGUAAAACAUUUAUUGGAUCGAAAAGCUGACUUGGCUGUCGCUGAUUUAACAAUCACAUACGAAAGAAAAACUGCUGUCGAUUUCACAAUGCCAUUCAUGGGUCUGGGAAUUGGCAUUUUGUUCGUGAAGCCAGCUAAGAAAGAAACCAAUUUGUUCUCGUUUCUUGAUCCAUUCGAUAUAAACGUUUGGAAAUUUACUGGAGCCGCAUACCUUUCAGUCUCCGUUCUUAUUUUCAUUCUCUCAAGAAUCAAUAGAGAUGAUUGGGAACCGGCACAUCCUUGCAUGCAAGAACCGGAAGAAGUUGAAAGUAUUUGGAAUAUUUUGAAUUGUGUUUGGUUAGCUAUGGGAAGUAUCAUGGGUCAAGGUUGCGACAUUUUGCCCAAAGGAUCAACCACAAGAAUCGUUACAGGGAUGUGGUAUUUUUUCGCGUUAAUUAUGCUGGCAUCUUACACGGCAAAUCUUGCUGCUUUCUUAACCAUGGAUCGUAUGGAUAAAACUAUCGGCAGUGCUGAAGAUUUAGCAAAGCAGGUUAAGAUAAAAUAUGGAGCGGUUAAAGGUGGAUCCACAAUGAGAUUCUUUCAAGAAUCAAACUUUUCAACUUAUCAGAGAAUGUGGGCAGCAAUGGAGACAAAUGGCGAUGACAGUCACACUACAUCAAAUCAAGAAGGUGUUGCUCGUGUUUUAAAAGACAGAGAAAAGUAUGCAUUUAUGAUGGAAUCAGUUCCAAUGCAGUAUGCUAUAAAUAAAGAAUGUGACUUGAAGCAAGUUGGUGAAUUACUUGAUAGCAAAGGAUAUGGAAUUGCUCUGCCAAUGGAUUCUCCUUGGAGAAAAGCAUUUUCUGAACAGAUUUUGGCGCUUAGUGAAAAAGGAGUUUUGGAUCAAUUGAAGAGGGAAUUUUGGAAGAAAAAAAAUGAUUGCGGAGAAACUAAAACUAAAGACGAAUUGGGUAUUGAGAAUGUUGGUGGUGUUUUCUAUGUACUUGCUUAUGGCUGUUUAAUCGCUUUUAUCGUAGCACUGGCAGAGUUUCUGUGGAAUGUUGAAAAAAUAGCAGUUCAGGAAAAGAUUACACCUUGGGAUGCAUUAAAAUCAGAGCUCGCUUUCGUUCUGAAGUUCUUUAUCACCACGAAGCCUGUUCGAUCGAAAUCCAGUGAACUUAUUAGCGGCAAAUCAUCUCCACCUCGUUCUUUAAAAACACGAUCACGAUAUGGAUCUGAAUCAAGAAGUUUGAAGAACAAAUCAACACGAAGCUUGAUUUACGAUGACAGCAAUUCGAAAAGUUUAUUGAAUUUAAAUUAAAGGUUUGAAUUUUGUGAAGUUUUCAGGUUUUUCGUUUGAUUUUCAAAUAAAAUUAUUUAAAUACGAAAUA